ACCUCAAAAUACUCACCAAGUGAACGUUUCUUCGGCGCCUCAAGCCGCGCGGGCGACGUGCAUAGCUGUUUCGAUCUGCGCCUCCGCCGUCGACCUGCUGACACACGUUGGCGAGGCAUUCCUCGCCUCUCUACUCCCCCUCAUUAAAACCUUCGCGUCACUCACCCAACUUGUCGGCGAGCAGGGUCGUCCGCUCGCUUCUUACGCUGACACCACGCACGGAACCUUCGGCGCCUCAUGACAGUGCAUUUGAACCAUCCGACUGGGCUCGCUCAUCUGUGCGGCCUUUCACAUCAGCGAGCGCUAUCUGUGCGAUCGCCUCUUCGGCAUCGCGCGGCGCAUUCGACGGGCCCCGUACCUGACUUUUCGCCAAACAGCCCUUCUGCGCAAGGAGCCGUGUCAUGACCACAACUAUGGACAACCCUUUCGAGCUGCCAAAGUUGCGCGUUUCAUUCGGCUUCGAGAACGACACGCGAUUCCUAGGGUUUGAUGACAACGUGGCAGAGUUCUUUGACGUCAAAUUUUGUCCCUUUCAGCCCCUCGACUGCGACCCCGUUUUCGCAGCAAUAAGCAAGAAACAUAUUGUUUUGUGCAGGCUUUCACAAAACUCUGGUGAUUCAAACCCAUGCGAUGUCAUCAAGAUUAUUCGAGACGACGAUGCCGAAGCAUCUGGCUGUUGUUGCACUUGGACCAGAAACCCCAUGACCGGGGAGCCAUAUAUUUGCGUUGGGGGCGGCGAUGCAAAGGUCAAGAUAUAUGAUGCCACCGAUGGCAGCCUCGCCGAAUGUUUUGUUGGGCACGGCGGCGAUGUCAACGACCUGGCAACAUCUCCGAUAGAUUCUUCUGUCAUCGCCUCUGCUUCAGAUGAUACGAGCGUCCGCAUAUGGAGCAUCGACCCCAAGCACAAGGAACAGCCCUGUCUGUGUAUUCUCGCUGGGGAAGGGCACUCUUGGAACUUACUUAGUCUGGCAUUUCACGACACUGGCCGAUAUCUUCUUUCUGCCGGGCACGAUCAGGUUAUCAAUCUGUGGACUAUUCCUGAUCUUCCUGUCGAGCCCAUAGCCACGCCUCUUCAAGUCCACUACCCUCAUUUUUCUACAUCGGCCGUUCACAGCGGCAUUGUCGACUGCGUCGCGUUCUAUGGCGAUCAAAUCCUGUCCAGGGCGUGUCAUGAUAAUGUCAUCGUGCUCUGGAGAAUCGAAGGCUUCUCUUCCGACGGGCCUCCGCCAGCUCCCAGCACGGCGCCCACGCUGCAAAACGUCGUACCGACUAGCAACGAAGAUCCCGGGAGGCUGACGCGCUCGGCGUUUGUCCCAGCAACCUCUCCCAUAUGUCCUGCGCAGUACACCCGGCUGCUUGAGUUCCACACGCCCAGUUGCGGGCCGCAGUUCUUCAUGAGAUUUAAGCUGCAUCACGUUCCCGGACAGAACCCUGUCCUCGCCUUCUGUAACGCGGCAGGUAACAUUUUCUUCUGGGAUCUGAAGCGCCUAACAGUGUAUCGUGACAUAAUAGGGACAUUGCGCGACGGACGUCGCGACAAGUCCAAGGCAAUUCAGUUGCCUAAUUGGCUGAAACCGGUGAUCCCAAGGCAGCGGAGCGACGCAGUCGGCAGACUUCGCAAUGCCGGCAGUGACCGAGACUCGAACGCGUCGGGCCAGACGGGGCACACGGACAACAACAGCAACAGCAACAGCAACAGCAACAGCAAUACCAAUACCAAUACCAAUACCAAUAGCAACAACACGACGGACUUCAGCCCUGAGACGUUGGAGUCGUGGGCAAGCCGUUACAGUAUUGAGGACCCGCAGGAGCCUCUGAGGGCUCACAAGACAGAGUCGUCAUCGGCCAACUUUGUCGGACGCCAGGCGGCGUGGAGUCCUGGCGGCGAGUGGUGCGUGGUGGUGGGAAGCUCGAACACAACGCUGGUGCUGCAGCGCUGGGCCAAGUGACGGCAUGGUUGUUUGCAGAUGAGCUCCGGCGUGUGGCAAGAAUAAAUUAUCUG